AUGGAGAUGAAGGAGUGGGAUUCGGAUGUGACUGACUCGGAGGACAGUGUGAUCAACGGCGUAACCCACGGCAACAAUGACUCCGUGGACAGGAAGUUGGGAAUGCUGGGGUCGCUGCGGGCCAGCCUGCGCAGCAAGAGCCCUCUGACCAAACUCACGCAGAGGUCAAAGGUCAAAUCAGCCUCCGACCUGCCCAGUGUCGACAACAACCCCAACAACAGCACACACACCCUCCCACCCCCUUCACCAAGAGUGUGCCCCCCCCUCCGUGGGCUGAGUGGUUUCUUCCAGAAGAAAGAUGGAACCUCAGGAGGAAGCCCACUUAGAUCACCCCAGUCCCACACAAGAGCACAAUCAGAAUCCUCCGUUGCCCUGGGCGACCUGCUCAUGAAAAAAGGGGCAUCUCUCCGUCGCAGCCUCCGCCUGGGAAGCAAACGCCAUGCCCCCGAGCGCUCAGCCAAUCAGGAGCCACUACACUGUGUCGUGGAGGCCAGCCAAUCAGAGCAGAGCACCAGCAGGUCAGAGGUCACAGAGACAGUAGAGGUCAGAGAGUCGUACGUCCUCCCCGAGAUCCCACCCCUGCCCCUCUCAGUGAUGCAGAUUAAUAAGCUGAUUGAGCUGGAGGUGUUGGAGGAGGCGCACCUGAACCUGCUGUCUCUGCGGCGGGAGUUCCAUCAGCAGCAGGAGGAGGCGGGGCCGGACGCCUCACCUGUGGAGCUGGCGCACCUGGAGAAGGACCUGCACCUGCUGUACGGCGCGCUGCGCACCAAGAUGGCCGCAAUCGUGCGUCAGUCCAGCGUGCUGCCCGCCCGCAACAAGGAGCUGCUGGUGCAGGUGGCGCGGGUGGUGCAGGAGGAGGAGCGGAGGGGGGGGGGGGGCUGGGGGUGGAGGGACUUCUGGCGGGACGCCGUGCGGGACGGUGUGAGGGACGUGCUGCAGGCCGUGCACCUGGACACACCUGAGCGCAACACUUCCUGGUUGGCCGUGCACCUGGGGCUGCUGGGAAAAGCCAUUGUGGAGAACCUGGAGAGGGUGAAGGCGGAGCUACAGGCCUCGUACCCACCCAGUUUCCGCGUCUUCGACCACUACGUGGACGCUUGCCAUCAGGUCACCACCGAGCACCUGCAAAGGCUCAUGGGAAGAGUGAGGGAGCUGAAGGACUACUACGCACUGUUGGACUUUAUGACACACAGAUAUCACAGUGAGCGCAUCAUGGGGAGUUUCUCUCUGCGGCCGGAGGUGAAAGAGGAGCAGAGAGAGCUCAGAAUACCAGAGGAGUUUCACCAGGACAUCAAGAAGCAGUACUGUCGACAGCUACAGGUGGAGCUGCGGGGCUCGCUGGAGAAGGUUCUGCAGCUGGAGAGGGAGGAGAUGUGGGAGGAGCAACUGCAGCCCCGGGUGGAGGAGGGGCUAUUUGAAUCCCACAUACACAUGGACAUCUGGACGAGUGUGCAAAGUCCAGUGGUGAACGCACGCCGUAUCGAUGCUGAUCUGGAGCAGCGAGUCUUACACACCUGUCUCUCCGAACUUCAGCUGUUCCCCCGCAGGUUGGAGGAGGAGUUCAUGCGGUGGAGCGGCUCUCUGCUGGACGAACGUCUUUGGGGCGACUACACCAUCACCUACAUCAACUCCUUCAGCUCCCUCAGGGAACACAUGGAGAGCUACAAAGACAGCAGUCCAGAUCAGGUGACCCAACUGAGCAUAGAGCUGGAGGGGGUGGAGCUUAGACUGAGACACGCUCUACUGCAGCACUACAUGAAUCAGACCAAGCCUCUCCUGCGGAGGAUGAUGACUCGUAAGUGGCUCUCCACAGAUGACGACUUCAAUCAGCUGCUCAAGAGAACACAAGACCUCCGAGAGCAGUGCACACAUAUGGGCCCUAACCACACACAGGCGUUUGCUAGUGCAGUGCACUUGUAUGUUGUAAAGGAGUACAUCACCCCCCUAAUGAAGAACAACUACAGCUGCAGGAACCGCAAGAACCAGAGAGCCGCCACUAAGCUCAGGAACCAGUGGAGCCAGCUCAGAGAACUCUUCCACGAGAUGAGGUCCACUGCAGAUUGGCUCCACCCACUUGGUGACCACCUCAGCGACAUCAUUGGUCAGAAAGACAAGAGUGACAUCAAGACCCACCUACCAGCCCUGGUGGAGGACUACCCUGACAUCAGUAAGCGUCAUGUAGCGGCGGUGCUGUUUUUCCGAGGCCUGACUCACGGACGGGAACGCCAGCUCAUCCUGCAGCGUGUGGCCGAGCUCAAGCAGGAGGGACAGAACGCUGGGAACGCCGGGAACACUGAGGCUCAUCAGCGCUCCCUCUUCAGCCACAUUCCAGCUGCAGCCACCACAGACUGCCUGGCACACACACCCCUCUCCUGCUUCACCAGCCUCCUGCCUCACACCUAGACACACACACACACACACCCCUCUCCUGCUUCACCAGCCUCCUGCCUCACACCUAGACACACACACACACACACACACACCCCUCUCCUGCUUCACCAGCCUCCUGCCUCACACCUAGACACACACACACACACACACACACACACACACACACCCCUCUCCUGCUUCACCAGCCUCCUGCCUCACACCUAGACACACACACACACACACACACACACCAUUCUCCUGCUUCACCAGCCUCCUGCCUCACACCUAGACACACACACACACAUACACACACACACACACACCCCUCUCCUGCUUCACCAGCCUCCUUCCUCACACCUAGACACACACACACACACACACACACACAAACCAGUGGCUUUGGUCUCCAAACGGCCCACUCAAAAUUCUGAUGAGAAUUCAUAAUUGAUAUCAGAGUAAAAAACCAUUGAAACCAUGAUGCCACUGUGUAGUAUGUUUAUGAUGUCACUGUGUAGUAUAUGUUUAUGAUGUCACUGUGUGGUAUAUGUUUAUGAUGUCACUGUGUAGUAUAUGUUUAUGAUGUCACUGUGUAGUAUAUGUUUAUGAUGUCAUUGUGUGGUAUAUGAUGCCACUGUGUAGUAUAUGGUUUAUGAUGUCACUGUGUGGUAUAUGUUUAUGAUGUCACUGUGUAGUAUAUGUUUAUGAUGUCAUUGUGUGGUAUAUGUUUAUGAUGUUUGUAGCCUAAAUAUGUAGACUGUAGUUCUAAUAUACAUUUAUAAUGUCUGUGUGUGAGAGUGUGUGUGUAGCACCACAACUCAUCUUCUCAUGCAUGACCAGGCAACGCAGCUUUCAUCUCUGAAUAAAGAGUUUUUAACUCAA